AUGAAUGAACCAGUGUUAGUUAGUAUUGAAAUACCACAUAAUCUACAAAUAAUCAAUGGAAAGAAUAUUUUCAAGAAAGAUAUUAAUGAAUUUAUUAUUCCAUCUUCAAUUACUAAAUUAGGAUAUCGUUGUUUUAAUGGAUGUAUAUCAUUAACAACAAUUAAUAUACCAACAUCAAUUAGUGAAAUAGGUGAUUGGUGUUUUAAACAAUGUUCAUCAUUAAAAACAAUUAAUAUACCAUCAUCAAUUAGUAAAUUAGAUAAUUGUUGUUUUGAUAGAUGUACAUCAUUAACAUCUAUCAAAAUACCAUCAUCAAUUAAUGAAUUAGGAAAUGGUUGUUUUUAUGGAUGUUCAUCAUUAACAACAAUUAAUAUACCAUCUUCAAUUAGUAAUAUAGGAAAUUGGUGUUUUGAAGGAUGUACAUCAUUAACAUCAAUUAAUAUUCCAAGUAAAGUUAAAGAACUAAGAGAGGAUUGUUUCAAAGGAUGUUCAUCAUUAAGUGAUAUUGAUAUUCCAACAACAAUAAGUGAAAUAGAAAAAGGAUGUUUUGAUGGAUGUUCAUCAGAAUUAAAAAAGAAUAAAACAUUAAAGAAAAUGUAUUAUAGAAAAUAUUAUGAUGAUUGUAUCGUUGUUUAA